GUGACUGAGUACAUCAUCGUACCCAUCCUCGUCAUCACCAUCCCCGGUCACCUCGAGUCCGUGCAGGCAUCUAUCGGGCUCGAGCUUAACCGCACGAACGGGUCACUAGCUCAGCGGGCCAGAUUAGAACGGGUCAGGGCCUCGGGAUCCCCUCAGAACACUAAGGACGAGAAGAUGGUCUGCCAGAACAAGGUCACGCGCAAGAUCAGAGAGACCGGAGACCCCGACUCCAUCAAGAACGGCACCGGAGCUCUCGAACCCAUCUCGAGGAUGUGCCGUAGUGCCUCGGCCGGCCUCAGGAGGAGUCUCGGAGCCCUCGAUCCCAUCGUCAGCAGUGCUACGUCGCACCUCAGAGCCCUCGGCCUCAAGAUGGCCAAAGAACUCGUAUUCACAGUUCCAGUGAUGCUCGCGCCGCGCGCGGCGAUCAUUCUCGCCCUGGCCGUGCAGGCCACGGCGGGCGGCAAGAAGAACCAGAAGGAGCCCGGCGCCAAGAAACUCACCGAAGAGUUACUGGCACGGCGCCAGGCCAACGGUCAGGACUCGGACGUAUCCUCGGAGGCGUUCGACGGCUCAGCAUUCUCAGUCGGACAGAGCUUCGAGCCCGGCGCGGCAGCCGCAGCAGUCAGCGGCGACGUGCAGAUGGCUCCUCAGCCACAGCAGGGAGCCGGCAGUGGUGGCGGUCAGGGCCAGACUCAGCAGGCGGUACCGACGAUGGCUGCACUCAGUCAGCAGCAGAUGCUGGAGCAGUUUCAGCAAUUGUCGAACCCGAUGGGACUGGGUCCUGGGCAAGCUAUGGCGAUCCCGACGGCAGCUACCGCGACAGCGCCACCAGCGACAG